AUGUCGAUUUCUCCGAAUUCAAGUUUUGAUGAAAAUGAAAACUUAUCCUUCAUUACAUCAAACAAAGGUCACCCACUAUUAGUUAUGAACGAACAAUUAUACAAAUGUAAUAAGAAGACGGCCCGUAAAAAUAUUGAAUUUGUAUUGUUAGUGGAUGCUCAAAUGGUAGUUUACAUGGAUGAAAAUGAUGUUUAUUUAUACGGAGGCAAAUGUGAUCAUCAUCAUCAAUCAAAUCUACUUACUGACUUAUCAUUAGUUGUUGGAGCAAAAAAGAAACAUAUAGAAACCAAAUUUACGGCUGAAGAAUAG